UUAUUUUUCGUUUUUUGACGUUAUCGGCUCCCGCUUUUGAAUUUUCAGUUUUGCUGAUUUAUCCUUUAUCUAAUUUUUUCAUUGUUUCCAGUUAAAGACAACUCUGCUUUCAGUAAAGAAUUGUGCAAAGAUUAUAAUAUUUGGAAUUGUGCUUCAAACCGGUAGCUCUUAUUUCCAGUCACCAUUCGUGGUGUAAAUUUUAAAUAGUUUCAUCUGCAAAUCCUUCGAAAACUUUUAAAAACUCGCAAAAUGAAUAGAGAUAAAACGGGAAACAAGAAAGUUCCUGAAGUGAAAAUGACUAAAACGGCUCGCAUGAGAAUGUUGAAAUCAAAUCCUCUUAUAAAAUAUCAAAUCGAAAAGACAAACAAUACGGAUAUGGCUAAAAAUUUGGAUUUGGAUACCAUGAUAAGUAUGAAUAAGUCGGUUGUGAGUGAACUCAAAUCACACACUCUAACAAGUUGUCAAGAAGUUAAACAUAAUCAGAAGGAAGAUUCGAAGAAAGUCAACCAGAUUCCCAAAAUUGAAGCAGGCCCAGAAUCGAAAAUCUCCAAAGUGAAACCUAACAAGUUUAGCUCACACAAGAGAAAGCUAGUGAGAAGAUCUGUUUCAGCACCUCGUAUGAAUCCAAAAAAAGAUGUAAUGAAUGCAAUAAAGGAAACACAAGAAGUUAUCGAUAGGUCAAUUUCAGUGGAGAAUAUUCCACAUAAUGUUACUGAAGCCAUAGUGCAGCCUAUUUCACAAGAAAAUCAACCAUUAUUUGCGUGUCCAUCUAGGCCUAGAAAGUCCCUUUUCAACUCAACUCCAUGUGCUCCAGUAGAUUUAAGAAGGAAAUUAACUGAUUGGUUGGUGAAAAAGGAAAAGAAUAUAUCUUCUUUCAAACACCUAAAAUGUUUUGGUGUGCGUAAAAUUGAUAUAGUAGAAGAAGAAAACAAGGAAAAUUUUGAAACCUCCUGCAUCAGAAGAGAUGGCAGCUAUGAAGAUUUGAAAAUUGAUAAUCCCCUAUAUAGCAGCAAAGGACCUGAUGACACAUCAAUAAUGUUUGCCCCCUCCGAUUUAGAAAAAGUAGCAAGGGGUGCAGUGAAGGACUUGAAUUGUUUAAUUUCUGAGGGAUAUCCCAUUGAACAAUGUGAAGCAUGGUUGAAGGUUAUUCGAAAUAAGUGUCCCGAAGUUAUUGAAGACCCACAAUAUUGGGAAUGCAGAGCAACAAUAGAACAAUUAAGAGGGGAUAUUGGAUCUGCAGUAGAGUGCUAUAAAACUGCCGUUGUUCAAGGUGCAGAGGUCACUUCUGUUGAACAGUCCCUUGAUCAGUUGCUACAAAAAUUCAAAUUGCUAGAUAUUGAUUCGUCUGCUGAACAAAAAGAGGCCCAGAAGGAAAGGGUGAAAGUAAUGCAAGAUUUCAAAAAUGUUUUCACUUCUAUGAUUAUCAAAUUUGCAAUUCAAGAAAAGACUAUAAAGAAUUCGGUAAAGAAUAAAAUUUCCACGGAUACUAAUGUCACAGGUGCAUCGAAUAGGCUGCUGGUCACCCCUGUACGAAGAAGCACUAGGCUUAGUAGGUCCCUGUACACUUCAACACCAGGAACAAAAAUAUGUUCUUCCAUACAAGAACUUAAUUCUGACGAGAAACAUAAAAUGGUAUUUCAACCAAAUGCUGCUCUGUUAGACAUGUGAACAAAACACGUUGAUGUGAAUGUUUUUACAAGGUGUCUCCAGAAGUUCGGCUUUCUCAUUUAACUAUUUUGUUCAAAUAUUAUCUUAUCCUCACAAGAUAGGGAGGAUAAGAAGUUCGUGGGAAAUUUGUUGUAUAGAUUCAUUAUGAAAUGUAUUUCUGUUGAUUUUUAUAGGUAUCUACUUUACAGUGAAUAAUUUAUCAGACUUUUUGAAUCUGUGUUCAAUAAAGGUUUUAACCUGUA